AUGUCAGUACCAAAAGCAGUAACCCCGAGCUACACUUGGGCUUACCAUGCAGCGUUGCAUAGGGAGUCCCUGCAGCACUUACCUUGUCCUUCGCUCUCGCGAUGUGUCCCCUGCAGCGUCCCCGGCCAUCUCCUCCGGCUGAUGCCGGCAUCCGGCUCCUGUGUUCCAGUCCCUGUGACGUCGGGACGUACGGGCGCCACCGGCGGUGGGAAAUGUGAAAAUGUAAAAAAAAAAAAAUUAAAUUUUUUUCAAAACGAUUUUACAUAUGCUCUGUCCUGUCCCCUGUCUGCAUUUUGACUGUUGUUUCUG